AUGUGGCUCCUCAAUGCCAAAACACGAGAGCUGGAACAGGUCAUGGAUGACAGGCUGACCAUCAACAAGUACGCGAUCCUUUCACACACAUGGGAGGAUAGACAAGAGGUCCUGUUCGAGGAGAUCGGUACGCCUGCAGCGAAAAGCAAGGCAGGACAUCAGAAGAUCGAGUUCACCUGCAAGCAAGCAGUGCGAGACAACCUGGACUACGUUUGGGUCGACACCUGCUGCAUCGACAAAAGAUCGAGCGCCGAGCUCUCGGAAGCCAUCAAUUCCAUGUACAGAUGGUACAACAACGCCAGGAAAUGCUAUGUCUACCUCGCGGACGCUCGACUCCCAAACCUGUCCGACGAUGAGAAGCUUGGGCGGAUCUUUCAGGACUGCAGAUGGGUCAAGCGAGGCUGGACGCUACAAGAGCUCAUAGCUCCCAAAUAUAUGGCCUUCUACGAUCGAAGAUGGAACUACAUGGGUGACAAGGUCUCCAAUGCAGAACUUCUCUCUCGUGCCACUGGCAUCGAUGUGAAGGUCCUGCGAGACAGAGAUCUACUCCCACACACCAGCGUUGCAAAACGCAUGUCCUGGGCAGCCCGACGUACGACAACAAGGGUAGAAGAUGAAGCAUACAGCUUGCUCGGGCUGUUCGGCGUCAACAUGCCUCUACUGUACGGCGAAGGUCGACGAUCAUUUCAGCGGUUGCAAGAAGAGAUCAUACGGACGCAGGCUGGUGAAGACCACUCCAUCCUGGCCUGGCGAAGUACCAACGGCGAUCUACUUGCGCCAUCGCCUGCCUCUUUUGGCUUUGCGAGCAACAUGAGUAGCUGGUCACUACCACAAGGCGGGACGUUCGAGCUAUCGAACAAAGGUCUUCGCAUCGGCGCUCUCGUGAAACCACAAGAGGAUGGCGAUGAAGAUGACUGCAUGGUCAUGGCAUUGGAGUGUACAGCAUCCGAGAGACGCGGCACACAGCAAGCGCUGGCCCUGCGUCGACGCCCGCAAGUGGUGCAUCCAACGCAGGUUCGCGCGGCUACAGUAGCGAAGCAAGCUGCAAUAUAUGAUCGGCUACCGACUCUCCAAACUAUCACUCUCGACGACAUGGAAGAGUUCGAGAAGCAGGAGAUCACGAUAGGCAGGACAAUGUUCCACUUCCCUCGAAGCCCGCAAGUCCGUAUCACACACUCCGCUGACCUCACAACACGGCACAAGCGGACCAUGCCCACAGACAGCGCCCUCUGCGUACCAAGAGGAGACUGGAACGCCCAAACCCAGAUAUUAUACUUGCGUCCAGCGACUCGUAGCUUUACAGCAGGCUACUAUGCGUGUCUCGAGCUCUACAAGCCUGGCGCGAGGCAAGCUCACUUUCCUUUAGCCAUGAAGCUAGAUCUAUCGAAUCCUGGCGUGGACAGCAAUGCAUCGCCAAAGCUUUAUGCGGAGAAGUUCAAUGCGUUGCGCCAUCUGGACGAGUUACAGGCUUUGGUGGGUGAGGCGAAGAGUCUUCGAAGUGGUGAUGUAAGAAAUAUCGAUGUUGGGGAUGAGAGGAUGGUUCAGGUCAUUGCACGCUAUGUGAUGGUAGCGGGUGAGGUCAUGUGGAACCUGCACUUUUCGUUCAGUAAGACAGAGAUUGUGGAUCCGGUUGUAUGA